AUGUCCAAUACUCCACUUCCAUCAGUUGAAGAAGUUAAUAAAUGGAAGCAGAACGAUGUUACUAAAUUCUUACAGGACAAAAAAGAAGAGUUGGAUCUUGACAAUGAAAACAUCGAUAUAAUUAAAAGAAAUAGAGUCGCUGGUCGUGCCUUCCUUGAGGUGGACGUGAACAAACUAAUGCAAGAUGGCUUAAAAAGAGGUCCGGCUGAAGCGAUUGCAGGAUUGGUUAGAGAUAUUAAGGGAGAAGGGCAGGAACAAAAGCUUCAAGCUGGACCUGGAGUUGUUGAAUUUUGGAAAAAACUUCUCGAUGCAAAAAUAGUCUUCCCGAUACCACAAGAUAUGGAAGGAGCUGAAUUAGAUGGUUUAGAAUCUUAUUAUACAAUCGAAAAUAAUCAUGUCUGUCUAAAUAAAGGUGUAAUUACCGAUUCAGAUGGUAUGCUAUACAGCAAUGGAGAGUGUACUGAUGUACGAUUACCAUCAAUUCUGACUGAUGCCUGUGGAGGAAUGUUAUGCUUACCAGACAGUGUGUACUUUCUUGGAGAUGAGGAUUAUGGAUUGAAGCUUCUGAUACGGAACUGUUAUUUGCAAUUACUCGAUUUAAUUGAGAAGAAUAGAAAGCAAGAUGGCCCAGCCAAAAGAGGUUGUGCGAUUACUGGCACACCCGGUAUUGGAAAGACGUAUUUUGGUUUAUACCUUCUCUUUUACAUUCGCUACAGUUACCCUGAUGCCAUAAUAGUCUGGCAAUGUAAUGAAAAAAUUUGUUAUCGAUUCUCACCAAAUGGUAAUAUGCAAAAAGGGAAUAUUGACCAGUUUGACAAGACACUGGAUAACUGUAAUAACUUUUUUCUUGUUGACGCACAAGCUUUGACGUUUUCAUAUAAGGCCUAUAUGAUUCUGUUUACAUCGCCAAAAACAGAAAGAUUCAACAAGGCUGUCAAAUGGCCAGGUUUUACUCAAUACUAUAUGCCAAUUUGGGAACACGAUGAAAUUACCACACUUUGGGCCCUUCAAUACAAGAAUAAGAAAAACAAUGAAGGCAAAGAGUUCACGCUUGAAUUACUUGGGACCCUUCUGGAAAAGUGGGGACCCAUACCCAGGUCUGUUCUUUUAAAGUGGAACGAUAAAACAUAUCAACAGAAAUACCAAACACUGAUCAAUGAAGCAAACUUAGAAAGUUGUAUAAACUCUAUUGAUAAGUCAGGAAUGCCCACAGAUGCCAUUAGCGGUGGACUUGUAUAUCUUGAGGUAGAUCCAACAUUUACGAAUGUAGUGUAUCGUUUUGCUUCUCCGAGGGUAUCUGAUAAAAUUAUUCAGGAAUAUGAAAGCAAAACUAGGAAUAACGUUCGCGAUUUAAUCACAAGUAGUCAUGAAUUUCCAAAGAUCGCUGGAUUUCAGGGAAACCUAUUUGAAGAUUUUGCCCAUUUAGAGUUGAAAAGGGGUGGUACAUUUAGGAUACGGUGCCUGAAUAAUGAUAACUCAGAGAUCACUGAAAAAUGUAUUGAGAAUCUGGAGUGUAAUUGGUUCAUGAUGCUGAAUGAAGCACGUAAAGAAUAUUAUAACAGACCAAAAUCAAAGACGUUUGCAUCAAUUGAUUCUUUUAGCCUCGAUAACAAUGCCUUGGCCUUGUACCAAAUUACUAUCUCAACGAAUCACGGCAUAAAGAUAAAAGGACUUAAUGACCUUAACCAUUUCCUCUCGUGGAAAAAUGACAUGAAUGAAAUUAAUCUAUACUUUGUCAUGCCAUCGGACAUCUUUGAAAAAUUUCUCCCUCAAAAAUACAAGACAGCCAAAGACCAAAAUUGUCAGAAAAUUCCGAAAUGGAUUAAUAAUAUAACCCAAUAUGCACUAGAGAUCAACGUGGGUUCAGGACAGUAUGAUUUGAAACGAUCUAGUGAUACGAUGUUGGGAGACAAUGAAAGUGGGGAAUCGUCAGAGAAAAGAAUGAAUAAAAAAGAUAUGAAAAAACAAAAAACGAAAAAGUAG